AUGUUCGCUUAUUCAACGUCUUCAAUUACCGGAUCAACUCUUUCAGUUAGAUCGUUUUCCAGUGACACGACAAUUUCCAAUGCGUUUUUCAAUUUGCCUCAGAGCAAUUUCCGUCAACGUCUGCAAGCGAAAAAACGAAGUCCGAAAAGAGUCAGCAAGCGCGCUCCAUUGAGAACGCAUCCUCCAAUUCCACGACAGAUGUCGCUGUUUCGGAACUUUUUUGGCGGCGGACAGCAAGAUGAAGACGAGGAUAAUGGAGCUGAAUAUGUAGAAACACUUGUGGAACGAGCAGAAACUUGUACGGCACCAGAAGACCGUCGAGAUGCGUUGAGAGGGCUGAAAGGUGUCGCAAAGAAAUAUCGAUUAGCCGUCGGAACAAUGGGAAUGAAUGCAUUCAUUGACGUGCUUGAAACAGAUCGCAUGAACACCGAAGCCAUGACAAUUGUGCUCGACACGAUGGCAAUCGUUUUGUCAACAGACGACGAUUCUUCAGAAUCCGAUGAAUUAGGAGAACGAUUAGCCGAAGUGAUGAUUAAACGAAAAGGCUUCAUUUCUUCAGUUUUAUGCGCCGUUGAACAAUUCGAUAUUGGAGUUCGAAGAACUGCAAUUCAGCUGAUUUCAAACCUGCUUCGUCAUCGUGGAACAGAAGUUCAAAAAGCCGUAAUGGAGCAUCCUCAAGGAAUCGCAAAGCUCGUCGACGUUAUUCAUGAUAAUCGAGAAAUUAUUCGAAACGAAGCAAUUUUAAUGAUUUGUGAAUUGAGCAGAGCCAACUCGCAGGUUCAACAGCUUCUCGCGUAUGAUAAUAUAUUUCUCGAUCUUCUAAAUAUUAUUGAAACCGAGCCCCUUGACAGCAUUGUCAUCGAAGAUUGCAUGUUUGUAAUGCUUAAUUUAUUGAGAAAACAUGCGAUGAAUCAGCAAAUAUUCAGAGAAGAUCAAUUUGUCGCUCGCCUCGGAAAAAUCCUGCACACAUUUCUCUAUGGAAACGAAGAAACUGAAGAUAUCGAAGUAACUGAAUGGGCGAAACAACGGACAGCUAACGUUAUUUUCUUGCUUCAAAUCAUUCGUACACUUGUUAGUCCAGAUAACACCAGUGAAAAUACCCACGCAGCUCAGAAAGUCUUGAAUCAAACGAAAAUUCUCGAGGAGCUGUGCAGAGUUCUUCUAUCGGAAAUUGGAGCAUCUGUGGAGAUUCUUACCGAAUCAAUAAUCGUCGUGGCUGAAGCUAUUCGUGGAAACUACACAAAUCAAGAAUUAUUCGCGAAUACUGUACUUGACAACGGAGAAGAUGUUCCACGUACCUCUCUUGUGGUUCUUCUCAUCUCAAUGACCGCCGAAAAACAGCCGUACAAGCUGCGAUGCGCUGUAUUCUACUGCUUUUUGUCAUAUCUUUUUGACAAUGAAUUCGGAAAAGCAAGAGUAAUUGAGACGUUGCUUCCUCAAUCUCAUAACAGCUCGAGCUCUUUGACUACUGGAGCUCUCAUUUUACAAGCAAUUUCUUCGGCUGAAUCUGUUCAGGCAUGGUUCGGAUGUGUGACUCUUAUGCAUUGUCUGUAUGAUGUUGAUCAUUUGAGCGAGCAACUUCUUCGAGUAAACCUCACCGUAGUCACAGAGGAUCCUCCAUUGACACUUUUAAAUCAUGUCUGCCAACUACUUGUUUCUACUGGAAAUCGCCGACCACAGACCAGAGCCGGACUCCUGAUGCUCCUGGGAACGUGGCUUCAAAAUUGCCCAGCCGCAGUUUCCGAUUUUAUGGCUAAAGACGAGCAUAUACAGUAUUUGACAACUAAUUUAGUGGAUGAAUGUGGUGAAGGAUCGGAGAGUGAGCAGCAGGUUCUACGAGGACUCAUGGCUUUUGUUCUACUAUCGUGCUUGAAGAAUUUACAAAGUAAGGAAGCACGAUCAUCGAUGGAAAUAUUGAUUCAAAGACGUGUUGGAAAGGAAUUGAUUCUGUCCGCAUUGGAGGGACUUUCAAGAACCGAGCAAUUUGUUAGAGCAGCACAAAAGCAGCAGCCGACAAAUGAGCUUUUCCUCGAUUUCCACUUUGUUAAACUUUUCAAAUCUCUCGAAGGAACGUUGGCUAAGCAAUUGAAACCGAAUGGAGAAUUUAAUGGAACUAGCAAUGAUAGCAUCAUUCAAUCAUAUAAAGAACUCAUAAAACGGCAAGAUGGUGAUAUUGCCCAAUUGAAGCAAGACAAUAAGCGAAUGAGUCUUGAGAUUGAGAAAUUAAAUGCAGAAGUUCAGAAUAAGCAAAUGGAACGAGAAGUUGAGAAUCUUCGUGUGAGAUUAGAAGAAUCUGAAGCAUUUAAAACUCAAAAUGAAGUGCUGAAUAGUCAGCUAGUAGAGUCACAGAGACUCACACAACAAUGGUAUGCAGAAGCCGAACGAUACAAGCAAUGGGCUCAACAAUGGCAAGCCUAUCAGUUGGCACAGCUUCCGAAUGGUGUAGAGACGGGAUUGGCUCAGCUUCAGCAACAAGUCAACGAGUUGGAGCAGCAACUCGGAUUUGGAUAUCAGGCAUUCGAACAGCAAUCACAAACGAUGCUCCACUAUACAUCAGAGAAUGCAAAUCUUAAAGAUAGACUCGCGAAAACGGAAGCUGCUCUCGCUGAAGCCAAUUAUAAAAUUGAGCAAUUGAAUUUGAAGCCAAUUUCGAAUGGAAUAGUUGUGGAGCACGAACCACAGGCUGACUCCGAAGAGUUUUCAAAACUGAAACAAGAACAAGAAGAACUUCUGAUGCUUCUCGCUGAUCAACACAAUAAAAUGUCAGCCUACCGACGCCUUCUUCGAAACCUAAAACAGCCAGUGACAGAUGAUGAGGACGAGUAAUAAGGCUGUGGGAUUACUAAAAAUCGGGUUUCUUUUUUGUUUUCUUUGGGGGGUCAAUCUUGUCAUAGAACAUGUAAUACUUCCAAUCAACUUUUCUUUUUUUAAAUCGAAUAGGUUUCCUGUAUAAUAUUUAAUUUAUAACGCAUACACCGUACUUUCGCAGGAUUUUUUAAGUGUCUUCUUAAAGGCGCACAGGUUUUUUUCAGAUAUGUUUCGGCUUUCUUGUUUUUUUUUCUCAAACUGAUUUAAAACAAUUUUUAACUUAUGUGAUAAAUGCAAAGAAAAUAAACAAAAUUAAAUACCAUAAAAAUUUUUUUGGGCUCGCCGAGACCCAUAAAACCGUGCGCCUUUAAGAAGACAUCUCAGAGAUCUUGUAAAUCUACGAUAUCGUAUUCGCCGUGAUUUUGCUGGCAAAAUAUUUUCUUCCUGUUUUUUUUGUAUCCCUACCUACUCUUUCCAUUUCGUUCAAACCACACUGUCUUCUGUGAUACCGAAAUUAUGUUUUUUUUUUCCUUUCAAUUUUAUUUAUGUAAAACUUAAUAGUAAAUAUGGUCCAAAUAAAUUAUUGAUUGAUUCCGAAAUCCAUCAUUCU